GCUGGCUGGGACGAGCAGAGGCCUGGGGCAGCCAGCGGGGCUGGGGCAGCGCCGCUCACCUCCCCCUUCUUAAGGGUGUGAACUCGGGUGUGACGGCGUUUGCGUUGCACGGUUUGGGCCUUGGGAACAGACCUGCGCACGCGUGUUUCCAGCGGGGUGGGUCGGCUGGUUUGUGUUCCAGGUUGCUCUGCUGGACAUAGACAUCUGUGGGCCAUCGAUCCCUAAAAUGAUGGGUCUCGAAGGAGAACAGGUGAGUGAAUGCUGCCACGUGGCGUUCAAAGGGUGUCUGCUUAACUCUUCAUUAACGGUCUAGGGUUUUGCAGACUUACAGCUUCUGAAAGGACUGCUUAUUGGGAAACGCCUGGGGCAAUGGGUAGGGCAAUAGAGAAGGUGAGUUGGAGAAGUAAAGCAUAAUUUAGUUUGUGAAAGAUCUUUCGGGAUGACUGGUUCUGAAAACCAAUAUUUGCUGCCUAUUGGCCACAUAUUUGUCACUACUUAAAACUUGAGUAAUGUUAGCAUGAUGCUCUUUUAUCAGCCCUAGAAUAUUUUAUAUAAAUGUAUAAAGUCACGGGUAAAUUUCUUGUAAAAGGGUUGAACAGUUACUGUUCACUUAUUAAUGGAAAUCUGGCCCUUCUGCAGUUGGUAACUCAGCUGCUGCAAUAAAGCAGUAGUGUACCUACAGGCAGGGUAUCUGCCUGCCCAGCUUUGGCUUAACGUUUGUGUUUUAUGUAACAUCUGUAUUUGUUUUUAAUGUGACUUUAUGUAUCGCUGCAAUUUUCAGGUUCAUCAGAGUGGAUCUGGAUGGUCUCCAGUGUAUGUCGAAGAAAACUUAGGUGUCAUGUCUGUGGGGUUCUUGCUUAGUAGUCCUGAUGAUGCUGUCAUCUGGAGAGGACCAAAAAAAAAUGGGUUGAUCAAACAAUUUCUUCGCGAUGUGGACUGGGGUGAAAUCGACUACCUAAUUGUGGAUACACCUCCGGGAACAUCAGACGAGCACUUGUCUAUUGUACAGUAUCUCAGUGCAACACGCAUAGAUGGUGCUGUUAUAGUCACUACCCCACAGGAAGUGUCACUUCAGGAUGUUCGGAAGGAGAUCAACUUCUGCCAUAAAGUGAAACUGCCAAUCAUAGGUGUUGUGGAAAAUAUGAGUGGCUUUAUAUGUCCAAAGUGUAAGAAUGAAUCUCAGAUCUUUCCCCCAACUACUGGAGGUGCAGAGAAGAUGUGCCAGCACUUAAAUGUUUCCCUUCUGGGUAAAGUGCCUCUAGAUCCUCAAAUAGGCAAAAGUUGUGACAAAGGCCUGUCUUUAUUCUCCGAAGCACCUGAGUCUCCAGCUACAUUGUCUUACAGGAAUAUCAUUCAAAGUAAGUCUGAAAAUCACUGUGCAAAUGAAUCCUCUCAGUUCCGAGCACCUCUGCAACGGAUAAAGGUGCUAAACAGAAUUACCUUGUUCUGCCACAAAUAAUAAAAACAGUAGAUGUGUAUAGAAGUUAUGAAGGUAACAUGCAAAUACUAUGUUCACUUAUUCUAGGCAUCUGUUAUGGCAGGCAUCUAAAAUGGUAAUGAGAUUGUAUUUAAUAACUGGAUUCAUGUUUGGCUUCAGUAGUUACCUUCCAGAAAGUGUGCUUGCUCUCAUAGAGAAGCUGUAAGAUUCUCAUGCGGGCCUGUUGAGGGGUGCUCACCAUAGCUCAGUGGAGUUCAGCUGGCUAAUUAUCACCUCUGCUUCCAAUUGUCAUUGCACAAAAAAAAAAAAAAAAAAAAAAAAAAAAAGUACCUGAAGGGUCAGUGGUGUGCACUUUAAAAAUACAAACAGCCGUUUUCACUGUGAUAAAGGCCCAGCUUGUGAUAUUUGUGCUAGUAGGGGACAGAGUGAUGCAGCAAUAACUAACUCCUAAUGUGCAACUGAAGUAUUACUUGUAUUACUUUUUCCU